CUGGUGGUGUGUUUAUUUCGGAUUAAAUAGUAAAAAAUUAAUCGGUUUCCCAUACGCCCAUUGUGGCAUUAUUUUAACAUUCUGAUUGCCACAUCUGAUUUAUUGUAAAAAUGCAAGCUAUAAAGUGUGUCGUCGUGGGAGACGGAGCCGUCGGUAAGACAUGUUUGCUGAUCAGUUACACAACAAAUGCCUUUCCUGGCGAAUACAUACCCACAGUAUUUGACAACUACUCUGCCAAUGUUAUGGUCGAUGGUAAACCGAUCAAUUUGGGAUUAUGGGAUACAGCAGGUCAAGAAGAUUACGACCGUCUCAGGCCACUUUCCUACCCUCAGACUGACGUAUUCCUGAUUUGUUUUUCACUGGUGAAUCCAGCAUCAUUCGAGAACGUACGCGCCAAAUGGUAUCCAGAAGUGCGGCACCAUUGCCCGAACACGCCGAUAAUACUCGUCGGAACGAAGCUCGAUUUGCGCGAAGACAAGGACACUGUCGAAAAGUUAAAGGAUAAAAAAUUAGCACCUAUUACAUAUCCACAAGGCCUGUCGAUGGCAAAAGAAAUAGGCGCUGUUAAAUAUCUAGAAUGUUCAGCGCUCACGCAGAAAGGACUAAAAACAGUUUUCGAUGAAGCGAUACGGGCUGUCCUUUGCCCGGUGCUUCCGGUUAAACCGAAAAGAAAAUGCGUUUUGCUCUAGGGACGCAGCGGACGAAAAUAGGGUAGCACAAGUGCAAAAAAUAAAUAAUUUAGACGGAGAUUUACAAAUGAAUAACAAAAGGAAGAGCUUACGCUUUCUUUCCCAACGACAGACACAAUCGAAUAUUAAUACAAAUUACAUAUUAACAUAUGGUGUUCAAAUCACUCUCCCAUUAAUAUUUUUUUAAAUAUAGCCAUUACGCACAAUAAUUUAUUUUAAUGCCAAUUAUUGUAGUAAGAAGUAUUCACUACUAUCAUCUUU